GAAAUCCCGCACGGCAGCCGCUUCCUUCCAGCGCUCCUUGAAAACGCGUCGCUCAGCAGCUGAGCUCAGAGCACCCCGAAGGCAGCGGGAGGAGCAGAAGUGCAGCACUGCAGCCUGCCUUCACCCUCAGGUUUCACAUUGGGCACAGAGAUGGCGUUUGUUCCGGACCUGGACGUGCUGGAGAGCAGCAGCCUCAGCGAGGAGACUUUCUACAGCCCCUCCUGCCUCUGCCUUCAGAAGGUACGGAUGGCAGAGUGCAGUGGCACUGUGGCACGGUGCCCUCGCAGCACAGGGUGCUCAGCCGCAGCCCUCUGCCUGCAGAAGCCUCGCCUGGAUUCUGAGCACACGGCUGUGGGUGUGCAGGUGUCAGUGAGGAAGGGACGCCGGAGCUUCCGGCAGGCUGCCGUGCUGGUGGUGGCCAUGACCAAACUGCUGCGGAGGCCGAAGUGCAGGGACUUUGCUGACAGCGACUUGAGCAUGCUCCUGGAGGAGGUUUUUGAGCCCGUCACCUUCCAGCAGCUGCAGAGCAGCUACGCCGGGGCGCCCGCCUUCCGCUACACCCGCUCGCAGUCCUUUGACAUCUUCGACAUCAACCAGAAGUGCUUCGUGCUGGAGUCGCCCACACAGCUGGUGGCCCUGCACCUCCAGGGGCCCUCCUCCAGCCAGAAAGUGAGGCUCAACAUUGCGCUGUAUCGGCCCCGAGGCCCACGGGGCAGCGCUGGAGCUGGGCAGACACCAGUGGCACUGGGCAUCAAGGGCUACAAGCUCUACAUGUCGUGCGUGCUGAGCGGCGCCGAGCCCACGCUGCAGCUGGAGGUGAGCAUCCCACGUCCCCAUCCCAUCCCCACUUCCCCACCCAGCGGCCCCUGCUCCCCGCUGAGCCUCUCUGGAUCUGCAUUGCAGGAAGCCGACGUCACACGGGACAUCGACAGCGCCGAGCUGACCCGCUUCAUCUUCUACCGCCUGGACAGCCCGACCGAGGGCACCACGCGCUUCGAGUCGGCCGCCUUCCCUGGUUGGUUCAUCUGCACCUCCCUGCAGCCCCGGCAGCCCGUGGGCAUCACCAACCAACCCGACCAGGUCAACGUUGCCACCUACAAGCUGAGCGGGCGCUGACUGCCCGCCCCAACCCAAACCGGCCCGUUGCUGGUUUCCAUGCUGUAUGUACCGAGUACAAGCCCUGCUGCCCCGCCACGCUGUUCCACGUGGAAUAGCCGCUCUGGGCCCCGUGGGCCCGAGUCACACGUCGUUUAUGUUUCAUUACCAUCCUGUUGCUUUUAACUUAUAUUUUUUACCGUAAUUAUGAUGGGUUUUGUUCCACCCCCCUUCUUGGGGUGGAGGUAUUUAUUGUGAGAUUGGAGAAAUAAAAGCUUCCCUGUGGA